AUGCGCGUCGGCACCGGCGGAGUUGAAAGCGGCAGUGAAUACCCUCAGAGAAUAUCUCUUGGCGAAGUGGUGGGCCUGUCUCGAUUCUUCCUGGCACGCUCGGGAACUGUGGUAGCGAUGGCUUUGUCAUCCAUCAACUUUGUGUGA